AUACACAAGAGGAAAAGGGAUGGACAUCUACUGUUUAUUCAUCUUUCUACUCUUUGGACCAGCUGUUCUAGUUCAUGGUUCCAGUCACGAAACCCGCCUGGUUGAAGAUUUAUUCAAGAGCUACAACAAAAUUGUGCGUCCAGUAAGCAAUCAUUCUCAUGCUGUGGACGUCAUUGUGGGACUGCAACUUAUCCAGCUGAUCAAUGUGGAUGAAGUAAAUCAAAUAGUAACCACCAAUGUGCGCCUGAAACAGCAAUGGACAGAUGUAAAUUUGAAAUGGAAUCCGGCAGAUUAUGGUGGUGUGAAGCAAAUUCGCAUUCCAUCAGAGGAUAUCUGGCAUCCAGAUUUUGUUUUAUAUAACAAUGCAGAUGGAGUUUUUGCUAUUGAACAGUUCACCAAAGUACUGGUGAACUAUACAGGACAUAUCACAUGGACGCCACCAGCCAUCUUCAAAAGCUACUGUGAAAUUAUAGUCACCUACUUCCCCUUUGAUGAGCAAAACUGCAGUAUGAAGCUGGGCACUUGGACUUACGAUGGCAGUGUGGUUGCAAUCUACCCGGAAAGUGACCAUCCAGACUUGAGUAACUACAUGCCGAGUGGAGAAUGGACAAUGAAAGAUUACCAAGGUUGGAAGCACUCGGUGACCUAUGCUUGUUGCCCUAACAAACCCUACUUAGAUAUUACCUACCAUUUUGUAAUGCUGCGUUUGCCUCUCUACUUCGUUGUCAACGUCAUUAUUCCUUGCCUUCUCUUCUCAUUCUUGACUGGAUUAGUAUUUUAUCUACCCACUGACUCAGGGGAGAAGAUGACUCUGAGCAUCUCUGUCCUGCUUUCUCUGACUGUGUUUCUUCUCGUCAUUGUGGAGCUGAUUCCUUCAACUUCCAGUGCUGUUCCCUUGAUUGGCAAAUACAUGUUGUUCACCAUGGUGUUCGUCAUAACUGCUAUCAUCAUUACUGUCAUAGUGAUCAAUACCCACCAUCGCUCUCCCAGUACCCACACUAUGCCACAGUGGGUAAGGAAGAUAUUUAUUGAAACAAUUCCAAAUGUUAUGUUUUUCUCAACAAUGAAACGUCCAUCCAAAAAUAAGCAGGAGAACAGGAUUUUUACAGAAGACACAGAUAUAUCUGAAAUCUCUGGGAAACAAGGACCCGUGGCUAUGAAUUUCCAGACAUCACUUACUAAAAAUCCAGAUGUUAAAAGUGCAAUUGAAGGCAUCAAAUACAUUGCUGAGUCAAUGAAGUCAGAUCAAGAAUCCAAUAAUGCUGCAGAAGAAUGGAAGUUUGUUGCAAUGGUGGUUGAUCAUCUUCUCCUUGGCAUCUUCAUGAUAGUUUGCAUCAUUGGAACCCUAGCAGUUUUUGCUGGCCGUCUCCUUGAAUUGAACCAGCAAGGUUGAAAUAAGAAAAUCCAGUGGGAGAGCAUGGUUUGGGUCCUUGAAUAAGUGAACUUCAGGAAAUUUAUAGAAGGACACUUCCUUAGCCCACCUCUGUCCUGCAGCUCCCUACAUCCCUGUUCAGGAGGAUCUCUCAACUCUUCCAAAUGAUUUCACAGUUCAGGGCUAUAGCAGGGAAUUAGAAUGAAAACUUCCUUCAGUGAACAUCCUAAACUUAACAAACUAUAAGAUCCAAGGCCAUGUCUUAACUCUUGCAUUUUAAGGAAUAUCUAUAUGCCCUGACUCUGACAUUUCAAAAUACCAAUCAGUGUGGAUAAAUAUGUAAGGAUAAUA